AGGCUUUUCAUAAUCUAAGCGGCACUUCCAUAGGCAUUUUCCCCAGAUUUUCCCCCGUGAUUCGCUCACGUAGCCGUUUGGUGAAACGUCAAAGUCAAUAAGGAAAAAGAAAAUUCGUAGGCAGUGUGUUUUUUUUUCGCCUUUACCGAGCCAUAACAAAAUACAAUCGGGCGGAUCAGACAGACGACGACAUCGAAAUCGGAACGUGGCUACAACAACCAGUCAUGUUCUUUCAAGUGCUCGUCGUGGGAAUCCUGUUUUGGGUCAGCUCCUUCUGGCUGCAGCAUCGCUAUCUAAAUGCCCUGGAGUAUCUGUUUGCCUGGAUCGCCAAACAGUUGGCGAUAGCUCGCCGGAAGCGGGCUCGCGACGAGCGCCAACGGCUGAGCAAGAAGAGGAGUGUGCCGGGGAUGAACGAAGAAAACGACUCCGGAUCCGAGAACCCAAGGCACCGUGACAGGGGUGAUGGCGUGAAUGUGCUGCUCUCGCAGCCGAUCAAGAAUCGCCUGAGCAAACGUGUGGAGGAGUGCUGUGAUCUGAUCUCCUCUGGCCUCGGCCUGGUCCUCGAGGACGAGGUGACCCAGCGGUUUGUGGCCCCACCAGCUCCCGCUGGCAAAUGGAACCUGCUGACGCGCAAUUUGCGACAGAGGAAGCGAUAUCUAAACUGGCAAUUGAGAUUGGUCUGGCUUCUUGGCUGGCUAAUCCGCUAUGCAUUGCUUGUGCCAAUGAGAACCGCUGCCUGCUGGCUGUGUCUGUUCAUGAUCAGCGGGCUAACGCUGCUGUUGGGCCACCUGCCCGAAUGGCAUUUCAAGAAACAGCUGGUGGAGUUGGUUCUGCGCCAGUGCUUUUGCAUCACAGCCGGUUGUUUGCCCAUGAUCCGUCGAUUCCACAAUAAGGUACAUCGACCCACUAGGGGCAUUUGUGUGUGCAAUCAUACGAGUCCUUUGGAUGUCCUGGUGCUGAUGUGCGAUGGCAAUUACUCGCUGACGGGGCAGGUGCAUGAUGGUAUUUUGGGAAUCCUUCAGAGGGCCCUCUCCCGUGUCUCCCAUCACAUGUGGUUCGAUCGCCAGCAGCUGCAUGAUCGUGAGGCCCUGGGUUUGAUCCUUCGAAUGCAUUGCUCGGCAAAGGAUCGACCGCCAGUUUUGCUCUUUCCCGAGGGAACCUGCAUCAACAACACCGCCGUGAUGCAGUUCAAAAAGGGCAGCUUUGCCGUCAGCGACAUUGUCUAUCCAGUGGCCAUUCGAUACGAUCGCCGUUUUGGGGAGGCCUUCUGGGACAGCGCCCGGUACUCGAUGCUCCGGUACAUGGUGAUGGUGGUUAGUUCAUGGUGCAUCUGCUGCGAUGUCUGGUACAUGCCACCGCUUAGCCGCUGUCCGGAUGAGUCGCCGGUGGAGUUUUCGAAUCGCGUGAAGGCCGCCAUUGCCGCCCAGGCGGACAUCGACGAUCUGCCCUGGGAUGGCAACCUGAAGCGCUGGAGUCCAGUGAGGGACUGGCAGUAGUCGACCUGAUAUCAUACCAACCGACCCGUUCCCAAAGAAAUUUCAAGCCACAUCGCAGCCGUUUCAUAACGCCGUUCGAACAACGCAUACACAUACACUUAUCAUUGCUCCCAAGUAUAUUGUAUUUGUAUAUUGAUGUUAUACACGAAAACAGAAUUGUAAAGAAACAAUCAACA